AUGGAAAGUAACAAUUCCGGUCGUUCACGUCCGUUAAGUUUACCAAAGUCUCCAAAACGAGGAAGAAAUUUAUUGCUUCCUAAGAUAGAACAAACUCGCAAACUUAUAAACCAAAUAUUACUUAAGCUAAAGAAAAGGAAGAAACCACCUUCUCCUUUUCAAAAUUUGGUUGGUUUACCAUUAAAUGAAGAUAAUCCAAAUUUGCAAAAUGUAUUUAAUGCCGAUGAUACUUGCGAUUUAUUAAUUCAACUUAGAGAUGUAUUAUUGGUUUGUGAAAUGGAUGGAAUUAAUUUUGAACAUUCACCAAAUCGAUCUCGUUCGCCGUCACCAUCGCGUUCUAGACGCGAUACACCAAAUCGAAACAAAAGUUUCGGUAUACUUGAACGCAUAUUAGAAGUAUUAUAUGAUAUUGUUCAAAAUGACUGUCGUUAUAAAGUUAUUACACCAAGGCCAUUUCGUCCACCUAAUGCUUUACAAUCAAUUGUACUUGAUAUUGCUCACUUAUUAGUAGAUCAAAACCCUUAUUCGCCGGGUUGGCUGUAUGAAUUGGGAAUGGCAAUAAUACCUGGGUUUAAUUUUUUUAAUGAUAUCUUACGUGCAAGGUUAUUAAUAUUUUAUACUGAUUUCUUAAUCCCACAUUUGAUGGCUUGUCAAAUGGAAUUUAUAAGUGAUGAUUUAACUUCUGCGUACCAUGGAAAGUCCAAUGGAAAGAUCACUAUGAAUGGCAGGUUUAAAUUUGAAAAUUCAUCAUAUAUCAACAUAACGAUAAAUUCUGAAGAUUUAGCAGCACCAUCUCAUUCACCACGUUCGGAAAAUUUGUUAAAUUCUGAUGCCGAUAUAUUAGAUGAUGAACAUAGUUUUUAUCGUAGGCAGAGUGCGGCUAGAAAAUUAUCAAGAAGACUUUCUAUUUCAUAUACUGGAGAUCUUGACAUUGAUGCUUAUUAUAUUGAUUCAAUGUUUACUCCUUUAUUAUAUUCGAUUAUGCAAUUUAUUUCAGUUGAGAAUUCUUCUUUAGAAACUUUAUAUCAGAUGCAUCGAACUAUUGGAAUUAUGGUUCAAAAUAAGCCAGACCUCUAUAAUGAUGUUAUAGAAAUCAUUGCACAUGGUGAUACAAUUAGUCGUAAUCAGGCUGUAAAUAUUUUAUUUUACUUUUGGAGAAAUAGUACUGGACAUCUUUCAAUUGGAGAAGCUCUUCCAAGUGUGGGAUAUAUGCAUGAUUUGUUGGCUAAGGAGAAACAAAAUGAUAUUCAAGCAAAUUCAAAGAGUGUUUCAAAAUCUGUUAUAAAAGAUGUUCAUAAUCAUCAAUUUUUGCCGCAUAUUUUUCUUGACAUUCAAGACAGCAAGGACAAUAAUCAUGCUUCUAUUACUGGUACAUCUAUAGCGGAUAUGCAUGGUCAAUUUAUACCUACUGAACAUCCACAUGCGUGUGUUCAAUGCUUUAAGCCGGUAUCUGAUUUUGGUUUACGAUGUGGUGGCUGUAAACUAAAUGUUCAUUUUACAUGUUAUAAUUUAACUGAUGGAGGAUGUUUGGCAGAAUAUUUGUUUAAUUCAGGAGUACAAAAGUUAUCAACUCCAAGAUAUUGUGACAUAGCUCGUGGUUCCAGAGAAGUCAUAUGCAAUGAUACUUCGAAAAACAAUAAUUUUCAGACUGUUAUCAUUUCUGAGACUGUUGCCGGACACACUUUUCUCCUCGCAAAUUUUUUUACUUUGGUAUUAUGUAUAGUUUGUCGAAUGCCUUUAUGGGGUGUAAUGCAUCAGGGUUAUCGGUGUGAAACUUGCAAUAAAUUUAUACAUCUUCGAUGUAUGAAAUCAGGCGAAUUGAAAAAACAAUUCUCUUGUCAAUCUUCGCCCAUGAAUGAAAAUGACGCAUUGAUAGAACGCGAUAUGCUUUGUCUUAGUUUUAAAGCUUAUUACGAGAAUAUCUUGAUACCCGAAGAAAGCCUUUCUAAUUAUAGCUUUGAAGAGUUAUCCAUAAUGAUGACAAUUUUACAAAUGCAAGAGAACAUAUUGCGUAAUGGAAUUAUGGCUGGAUGUUUGAUUAUCAAACAAAAAUAUCAUAAUCCUCUUAGCCCAAUAACAGAACCAUUUGAACGGUUUAAUGAGUUGCAAGAGUUUCUUGAGCUUUAUAGAUCAUAUCUCGGAGGGAGAAAGGCAUCGUUAUCGGUAAUAUCAAGUGAAUAUUGGGAAGGCAUUGGUAAAGAACCUCCUUUAUGGUUAAUUUCUUGUGAGGAUUAUCUUGCACAUUUAGCAUCUAUUAUUAAAAGUUCGGAUGACUCGGAAUCUGAAUUUGUAGAUCGUCAUUUAAGCGUUUAUACUGCAGCUACAUUAACAGCGUCUUCACCGGAAUAUUCUUAUAAUUCUACAGGGAUUUUGACUAUAAAAGAAAUUAUGAAAUGGUUGCGAAAAAACCUUGGAUUUCAUAGUUCUUAUGCUUCGAAGAUGUUCUUGCAGCAAAUGGCUAACUAUGGAUUUUUGGAACGAAUUAAUGGGCAUCCCGUAUUAUUUAAUGAUGAAUCUGAAGGAAAGCAGUUGGGAUAUGAUGUCACAUUUCCUUUACCGUUUGUAAUUGAAUGUUCUCCAACGGUAGAGUCUUUAAUAACUGCAAUUAGUGCAUGCUUACUGGAUAUUAGCAUUUCAACAAACGAAUGUGGAUUAUUAUUGAUGACAAGACGUUGUUGGCCAGAUUCUUUUUUGUCAAGAUACGUAUUAGAAAGAUUAAUUUAUGCUGUAAUCAAAUGGGUAUGUGAUGAAGAUGAUAAGCUACUUAUAAUUGCACGUGAAUAUACUCCAUCUCAUCUCAAACUUCCUGGAGUUCGUGAUGAAAUGGAGGAUAAAAGGGGAGGUGCAAAUCAAAGAACAUCAUUAUUGAUAUCUAGUUCUGCUGGUGGUGGUGCUUAUAUCAUAUGUCGUAAAAUGUUGAGAGAAAAAUAUAUAAUGAACUGGAUGUCUGCAAUUCAUGAUAUGAAUCAGGGAUUGUUUUGUGAUAUCGUUUUUGACCAAAUAGAAAUGUUGCAUGAUAACAAUAAUGAAGAAGAUGUUGUAAAAGAAACCGAACUUCAAAGUCAUGAUCGUAUAUUAAAAUUUAUGAUUAGAUUAUGGCAUGCCGGGCUACUUUUUUCUGCACUUAAUGAUAUGAUUGCACGGUGGUUAGAUGACGCUUAUCAUAUAAUGAAACAUCAAUCCAAUAUUUUUGUGGAAUUGAAAACCUUAUAUAAAACCUUUAACUUGUCAAAAUCAUCAAUGCAGCGAUAUAGUACUACGGAUCAAAUGCUUUCAAACGAAAAUUACGGCGAGAUAACAGAUCCCAUUGUUUUAUUAACACAGCUUUUCAAAGGAGAUGCCGUUGAAUUAACUCGAGCAUUGCAGUGGAUGGAAGUGAUGGUUCGUUCCGGUGUUGGCCUUCCAGGUUCGAUGUUUUCUGAUUUCCUUCCAUAUUUGGCAAAUAUUACGCCAUCGAUCGAACAGUACGUUACAUUUAUGGAGGUUAUGUGGUAUCAAGUUAUGAACGGCCUUGGGCAGCUUCUUGUACGAAGUAAUAUUCAAAAAAUUAUUUUGGACGUUAAUGAAUUGGCUUUUGAAAUGGUCCAAAAAAUAAACGAAGAGGGAUACGGUACAGAAAUUGCUAGUGCGAGAUCUUUUAUCAAAGUUACACUUGCAUUGUCUUUAUAUUCUUAUAGUUGCCCAUUAGAAAUGAUAUAUAACAUCGGAAUAUUUGAUUCGCUACCCGAAAAGCCAAUUAGUUUAAGUCAAAAUAAAAGAUUAUCUAAUCUUAAGGACUCAACUCCUGGAUCAAAUAUUACUGCCGAUAAUCCUUUAAUGUUAUGCUUGUUGAAGUACGCUAGAUUAGAAAAGCUAGAAGUUCGCGGAGAUAUAGUGAAAGGAUUUUGGAGAUUUUAUACUUCGGCAGGUCUAAUAUUCAAUAAAAAUGAAUUUAUUAAUAGUUGUAUUCCUAAACUUCUUCCAAGUGUAUGGGAGGAACUGUCUCCAUUAUAUGACCUAUCAUCAGACAUGACUUUGCAACUAUUGAUGAGAAUUGUUUGGGCAGAUUCUGGAUUCUUUCUUGCUUCAGUCAGUAAAGUAUUCGAACAUUCUAGUUGGGAAGUUAGAUUCGAUGGUCUUGAUAACUUGUAUGGGCUGUUUUCUAAGUUGGAAGAAAGACAUGAAAUACAAAGAGCCGGAGUUUUCACUUAUUUAGGACCAAUAUUUAGUUACUUUGUUGGAUGUUUAUGGGAUGAGGAGGAAUUUGUUAGGACAAAGGCGAUAAGUUGUAUAAAGUCAAUGCAACCGCGACACGUGCGUCUAGCUUUAAAAUGUUGGGAAGGAUAUUUUUAUAUAGCAAGUAUUCGUAAGAAGACAUUGUUGUGUAAAUUAAUGAUUAAAUUGAAUGCAAGGUUUCCGGAUUGGGAAGUUAUUGAAUGGAAUACAUUAUUAGAUGCUUUAACUCAAGAAAAUGAUGAAGCUGAACAAGUUUCCACUGUUGAUAUUUUGGAAAGUUAUAUGAGACCAGAUAGUAUUUUGGUUAUAGGAUCGAAACAACAAGCUCAAGAUGCUGGAAAUUCUACUCCAGGACAAAGAGUUGCUGAAUUACAAAAUUUGAAAGUUAUAAUGCUAACGCUUGCCCUGCAGAUGUUAGCAAAUGGCAUUGAAAUGACUCAAGAUCAAAUAAAUAGAUUAAAAUAUUUGGUGUUAAUUCAUUUAGGGUUUAAAAAUGCUAAAUUGGAAUUUGUUAAUGGAAAGCUAGAUAUAACCUCGAUUGGAGAUUUUGAAUAUAUUCCCGAUGAUUUUACACAAAAUAUGAUGAUGAUAUCAUGUUUAGGAAAUCUUAAGAGAGUAUUGGAUGCACCAAUUUAUUUAAAGCCAUCAAAUAAUGCCGAACCAGAACAAGAAGAAGAAUUGGCAGGAGGGUAUUUUGUAGAUGUCGUGUUAGAGUUAUUUAAUUCUUCAGUGGAUAUGUCAACUUUAAGUCAUCUUAUGCUUAAAAGUUGGAUUGAAUUAUUACUUAUAAUUGUUUAUAAGCAUAAGAUUGAGGAGAAACAUAAUAAUCAAUUAGAAGAACGUUUAGUGAGUGCUAUGAGGAAAGCUUCUGAAUUACUACCCAAAGAUAUAACGGAAGAAAAUAAACAACUUAUUAUAGAGGUUUCCACCACCUUAUUAAGAAGAGCUCCAAUGCUAACGGUGAACAUUUUAGGAAAAUAUAUUAUUACAUUGGGAAAGUUAUUGACAAAACUAGAAAAUAACUCAUCAAGUUCUUUAGUUAUGAGUGCAAAAAUAUUUUUACGAACUGCCUUUUUAAGUUUUGCAAGGAACGGAUUGUUUGUUUUAAUUUUUAAGAAUCAAAGCGUUGCCGAUGAAACUAAUACUGAACUUGAUAUGUUUCGAGUAUUACGUGAGAUAAUAAAGGAUGAAGUUAUUCCGUCAGAAGAUGAAAAUGCUGAACCAGACUAUCUUCGUGUCGAGCCAAUAAGAGACGUGAUGAAUCAAUUAUUUAAAUUUACAAAUAGUAAAAUUGUCUCGACCGUCUUGUAUAACUUGAAUAGAUACGUUGAAUUGGUUUAUUCCAAACCAUAUAGUGAACAGUUAAUGAUAGAUUUGGGAACAUUUUUAACAAAAUUGACUAAAUAUACAACCGAAUGGAAACGUGUUGACUGGGACGUUAAUCCUGUACUUAAUAUGAUUUCAAUUAUAUUUAAGGAUAACCCGCUUUAUGCAAAGCAUUUGAUUCAUCCUGUAAGGAACUUUUUGAAACACGUAAUUAAUAAAUGUGGACCUAAGAUAGAAUCAUUUGUUAAAGUUUUGGCAGCUUAUAAUGCAAUAAUUGAAGUCUCCCCAUCUGAUACUAUAAAUGUUUUUGGUGAAGUGAUACUUGAUGAAAUAAAGGCAUUUUAUAAGGGAGCCAGAAACAGAUUGAAUCGAGAUACUUUAGUAAUAUUAUUACAGCUUGUAUUAUGGGAUAUGCAACCAUCGACACAUUUAUGGUUUAAAAAUAUUGAACAAAGAAUUAAACUAAAUUCUACAAAUCAACCACGCAAACCUUUUUUUUCAAAUGUUUCGGAAUUUUUAUUCGAAGAUUGUAUAACUUUCUUAGAAAAUCCUCCUAUAAUAAAACAAUAUUCGAAACAAGAUUUUAAAGUCGGAGUAUGUGCAAGUCAAUUAGCCGUUGCCAUGUGUAGUCAAAAAUAUGAAUUAUUGAAGAAGGUAUUUUUAUGGCAAAAGCCAACGGACUCGAGACGUACAAUUAGAUUAUUGAAUUGGAUUUUUUUGGGAAUUUUAAAAGCGGAUUCUUCAGAAGGAUUAAUUACAACAAUAUACGAUUUUCAAGAUAAUAUUUCAGAUUUAUUGUCAAUUGCACUUAAAUCGCCAUUGAACGAUUUUGAAGCAGGGGAUGUAAAUUAUUUAUAUACACCAUCAGGAGAAUUGGCUUAUCAAUCAUUUGUUUUAGUAAAAAUUUGGACGAUUCUUUGUUUACAAAAUUCUGAACCGAAAGAGAAAAGCAAAGUCAGCGAAGCACCUGGAGCACAUCAAAGGUUAGGUACUAAUUUAACUAUGACUGAAAGGUUUUGGAACUUUAUUUGGCCCAAUAUUAGAAAACAAUUGAUUAGUGUUAUUGACGAGAAUAAUAUUCUGCCUAACGGAAUUCCUUAUUGGGAAAUGUUUAUGGACUUGAUAACAUUUCUUCAUUUAAUCGGUAGUGAUAUUGUUAUGUUAUAUUCUCAGGAAUGGUGUACGCUUUUAGAUAGUCUCAUUAAUGAGAACGAAGAAGAGAACAGGGAAUUUCACCAUAAAAUCAAACAAGCAAGAUCAAUGUUUGAUGACCCACCGGUAAUGAUGCAACAAGAGAUGUUAAUUACACAAUUAUUUAUGGAAAUGAGAGAAGCCAUGAGAUUAUAUUUUGAGAUAAAUAAUAGUAGCGCAGUUUUUGACUGA